AUGGUAGACGCAAUCGUCGGACUCGCCCUCUCCCUGGCGAUCGUGAUGCCCGUCGGAAUUUCGGUCACGACCGGGGUGGCCCAGGGCGUCAGCGAACAACACAAGCAAAAUGCCGAUGCAAGCAACCAAACUCGCAUGCUCAAAUUCCACCUCGACGUGUUACUUGACCCCGAACUGCGCUCUCCUAAAUAUUCUGCCCUCCACAAUUCGAUUAUAACGCUGCAUCAUGACAAAGUCUGGGUAGAUGUCAAGAAUCCCGCAACAAAUCUUCCGCUCGAAGGGAAAGAUGGGACUCCAGGCGCUCAUCCUUUCACGGGAUUCUACGUUGCCUACCCGGAUGAUCAGAGGAGCUAUACGAGAGGGUUGGUGAGCACGAUCAGCGUCGAUCCACCAAUGUUAAACUGGAUAUACAUCAACAAGGACACAUAUGAGGUCAAGUAUGCUUCGAGAAGUGGGAGUAUCAUGCAUCAUGUUGGAGACUUUGACUGGACGACAGAGGAUAAUGAGGACAGCAUGGUCAUCUUCAACAAGUUCGAAGGAUUCGUUGCAGUGGAAGAAGAGGAGGGAAAGUGGGCGUUAUACUUUGAUUACGACGAUGAUGGGUUUCAAGACAAGAGCAAGGGACGGAGAACAGUCGAGGUCCACCUGCAGCGACGAGUAUUGACGGGACAGGAGGUCAAUAAAUGGGGCUUGAAAGAGGAAGGAAAUAUUGGCUUUAGGAGCACGAGGGAGGUUUGA